AAAGAGCUAAGGACCUAUCGCGGCUCGCCUCUUCCUCUCACGCCGCCAUUCGGCCCCUCCCUUGGCCCCGCCCACUCGGCGUGUCCCCGCCCGCUUUCCCCGCCUCUCCUCCUCAGCUUCAUGCGGGUCUGCAGUGAGGCAUUGUGGGAAACUCCCAGGGUAUUUUCCUCCCCCUCUUCUUCCCCUGCUCUUCAUCCGUUCCUCCUCUCUGCGGAACAGCCAGCUUCCAAGGUGUGACAUCAGCAAACAGAAGCCCUAAGGUGGAAGUAAAGGUUCUGUAACAUGAUCCAGCAGCGUAUUGUUUGAGCAGGACACCCUCCUGGAACACGGAAUUAUAGCUGCACAAGGCCAAGCCGUUUUGAGGCAGAUCCAUUUUUAUUGGGAUUUUGGCUUGAGGGCCAAGUGAAGGGAGCCAGGGUCAGUCCAACCUGCUUUGUGCCUCCCCACCACCCCUUUUCGUUUGUCCUGAGAGCAGGAGUGGGUGGCCUCCGCUGUGCAGCUGAGCAAGAUGGAGUCCAAAGGGAGCACCCGCAGUGGAAAUAAGCCUGACGCCAAGACCGCCAGCUCAGGGAAGCCAGAGAAACCCAACCCUGGGCCCGUCACAGCUGUCGAUAAGAAAGAAGCCCCUUCCAAGGAGCAGCCAGCUCCUCCUGCCACCACCCCAGCAAAAAAGGCGGCAACGGCGGCAGCCAAUGAGGCGACCAUGCUGAACAACCACGGCAACAUGAAGCCUAGCUCUGCUGGGGGGGCAGCGGAGGGCGCGGAGGCCGCAGGUCAUCCCGCUGACUCUGAGCACAAAGGGAACAAUGCGGAGGAGUCUCCGGGCAGCAGAAUUUUUGAGAACAUGAAGCCUCUGAUCAUCGUCGGAGGGGCGGCGGUGGCUGCCAUUGCUCUGAUUGUGGGAGUCGCUCUCCUUGCCCGGAAAAAAUAAAUUGGCACCCAAGAAGCGCAGGGGAGAGAAAUAACCCUGGGCUGAAUGUACAGUUCCUUUUGAAACAAAAUGCAUGUGGUAAACUCUAUACAUACCUAUAAAUAUGCCGUAUAUAGAGAGAAAGAGCUAAGUAGGUACAAAGUGCAAUGAUGGCCGCUGCCUUGCUCCCAGCAGAUGCGCCAGCAUUGGCCUAGCGUGGGCACUUGGUGGGCUUCUGCUCUUUUGUGUAAUAUAACUCAGCUUGCAGCAAUGUGUAUAGAUGGCUUUUCUUCUCUGGUCCGUAUGAGCUCUUGCGGUGUUUUCCUUUCCUUCCCCACCUUUUGUCCCAAGGUUGGCUCCAGGGUCACUCAGAGUUCUCAGCUUGGUUACGCUGGAUUGCCGUAGAGCAGGUGGAAAGGGAGAGUUUCCCAUCGGCAGGGUCACCUGUUGCCAUCUCUGUUCCAGCACACACUGUAAAGUGGUGUGAGAAUGCUCACAAGCUUCUUUCCUGAUCCAAGGGGGAUAGGGUGUCCCUAGUACGCAUUUCAUCAUAGCAUUAAUGUUCUCACUCUGUCCCCCCCUUGCGUAAGUUUCAAAGUAGCAGCUGGAGCAUGGGGGGGGGGGGCUUUCAAAGGUCAAGAAGCAAGCAUGGCCUGUAGAGAGCCAUAGGGUAGCCUUGCCAUCCCACCAUGCAAUAUAUGGGCAUGGUGACUUAUAGCCACCUGGCUGUGGAUUUCAAUGGGAAUUGCAACUUAGUAGAGCAUUUUCUGUUGAAGCACCUGGUCCUGUGCUGGUAAACCUCUUAUGCAGGACUUGAUGCCAUUGAUACUUAAAACAACAUGAUUCAAAAUAUGUGGAAGUCAAUGAGGCCUUCUGUGCAUAUGGAUUUGGGAUGAAUGCUAGUGCUUCACUGUGGAAGGUUGACCUGUCAUUGUAUGCCAUGUAUGGAAGGGGAAAGUAAGAAGCAAUUAUGGGCUGGUUGGUUGGUUGGUUGGUUCUUUCUUUUGCUUUCCUCUUUUUUUAGCUUGUGACCAAUCAACAACUGGAUUAUGGUUUAGGAAGUAUUUAUGUAUGGAGCAUCCUGCCCAGGUGCACGGAUUUGAAAUGGAUGGAUUGUCUUGCUAUCUGACACUUUAUAACUCUAAUGCUGGAGGAGCCAGACAAAUGGGCUAAUCCCAUUUAUUUCACUGGACAUUUCAGUGCAGAGAGAAAAUGGCAACUGAUUCACUGAGGCAACUCCCUUCCCCCCCUAAAUAAAUUAGAACCAAUGGGCAUUUAAGAGGGGAGGAAAUUCACUGUGUCCUGAGUUAGCCUUGCUACAUUGGUGGCCUUCCUGAAGAAUUAAAAUCAGACUUUGAGAGGAGAAAGGAUCAAUGGAAUGUAUGUUGACGUCUCUUUGUUAAUAUAUCUACCAGAGAUAAUCCACUGACCAUAAGAACAUUGGGACAUAAAUUCUAAUGUAGGGAUGGCCGUUUGAAACAAGAAGCUUAUAUGUAUAUUUUUGCUUAGAUUGAAUCUGAUGCGAAAGUGGUGAUUGACAUCAGAUUAGUGUUGUUGUUGUUUUUUUAAAAAAAGGAAAGGCUAAUUAGAUUGAACUAGGAGUUGUAAAGCUUUUUUUCUGUUGUUAGGUUGGGAUAGAUAUGAGCAGCAAAGUCUUUUGUCACAGUACAGACUUGCUCAUAAAUUAAUGUGGGUACUAGAUUUCUUUUGCAUUUUAGUCUCUGGACCCACAACUUGAUCAUGAAAUAGGAUGAGAUGGUGACAGUGGCAGGACUACAGUUCAUCGUCUUGAAGACCAACUUUCUCUCCCUUUCUCUCGUAUUUAUGGUUGUGACGUGAUAGGUUAGGUCUAUAGGGGAAUCAUUCACCAACAGUCAUUGCUUAGUACUGUGGUGUCCCACUGUCUAGAAUAAUUCUCCAGAACCCACCUCCAGUCUGAAAACACCUGUGUGUAUGUAUGUGUACAAGCUUUCCUAUACAAGCUUUCCUACCCUUACCUUAUUUGAGAAUAUCUGUGUAUAUAGUAUAGUUUACUCAACUCUUUGUAAAGCUACAAAACCUGUAUUCUUUGUACAAAAAGCAAAAGGCAACCAUUAUUUGCGCACCUGCAUUCACACAAAGUGUCCAUGUUUUGUGCCACUUGCAUUCCACAUGCAGCAUCCGAAACCAUGGUUUCCUUCCAAUAAACGAAUGUAUGGUUAGCCAACUGGUGAAUGUACGAUAAUCCCUCUUGUGCUGGGAGCUGAAAACUACUGCUUCUAAGCAGACCCUUUUAAAACGAUAAAUCUAGUCAGUAUAAUCUUCUGAUGCAGUCAGCAAAAAAUAGCCGUGUACCAGCACUGCACAUUAUUUAUCUGUGCAUGUGGCACAUUCCUCCCUAAAGUUUCCAUGUAAACCAGGAGGUGUUGUCAUUGUGACUCCUGCCCAUCAUCGACCCUUUCAGGAAAAAGAAGGGCACUCACCUUGCCUGGCUGCUGCUCCUGCUUCUCAGCUGCUCCUGCAUUGGCAUAUUGAGGCAGGGCAUAGGCUGAUGGGCUCCCUGAGUUUCUUAAGUAGCCCUCGCCCAUGCAUCUCUAGUCAGUUGUACUGCAACAAGGCACCUUGUUGUGUCUGUGACUGUGAGAUCGUUCAUUUGGCCAGGUGGUGGAGAGGGGAGGGAAGAGGAAUAUGUGUGUGUGUGUCCUCUGAACUUACUAAAUCUGUGCUUUAUGGAAGUGUGAAUAUAACACUGCUAUAUUGGUAAGCCUUACAAGUUUCUAAAUGCACGUCCCUGACCAUGUGCAGACUCUUUUGUCUGCUUAAUGAAGCUGAGCAAAGCAGAAUGUGCUGCAGAUUGUGUCUAUUCUUUCAGAAGCUUUUUCAAGUUUACUAAGUUGGUGUCUUUGCCCAAAAUACCGGUAGCUAGAGUCUCUCUCUCUCUCUCUCUCUCUCUCUCUCUCUCUCUCUCUCUCUCUCUCUCUCUCUCAUAUAUAUAUAUAUAUAUAUAUAUAUAUAUAUAUAUAUAUAUAUAUAUUGCCUGUUGCUUAAGAGCUGAACUAUUAAUCUAUAUCAACUCAUUUUUCUUACCUUUGCUCUUAAGGUUUAUAUUCUCCCCUUCCUCCAAGCUGUCAUGGUACUGCCUCCUUUUAUCCUCACAACAACAAUUCAAGGUUGGCUAGGUUGAGAGACAGUGGCUAGGCCAAAGUCACCUAGUGGGCUUUAUAAGUUUAGAACAGGACUAGGGAACUUUUGGUCCUUCAGUUAUUUGUGGACUACAGUUCCCAUCAUCGAUGACCACACGCCAUGCUGGCUGUUGGUGGUGGAAAUUGGAGUCCAACAACGCCUGUAGGACUACAAAUUGCUUAGCCCUAGCUGAGAACUUGGGUCUUCCAACUAUGAACCUCUAUGACACACUGGUUCUCUUAAAGUGCAAUCCUAUACAUGCCUAUUUAGAAGUAGGCCCUGUUGAGACCUUUGUACUGGACUUGCUGUCAGGGAGGUAAACACUGUAUAAGAUUGCAGCUUUAUUUGGUUUAUGGCAGCAGGUCUGCCCAUACAAAGGUUUGAUCCACUCAGAGGCUGAUGUGUGCUUUUAGAUAAAUGCAGUGCAAGCCCUGCUCUCUGAGGAGGGUUGCCGAGAGAGAGAGAGAGAGAGAGAGAGAGAGAGAGAGAGAGAGAGAGAGAGAGAGAGAGAGAGAGGGAUAUGGAUGAGGAGCUGGUGGCAGAAACUGCCUCAGGCAGAGCAGUACACAUGGAAGGGGUAGGGGUAGUAGAGGAAGUGAGUGAUGGCUGGAUUGUGUGCACCGUAUUUCUAUCAUAAUUGCAGGAACCUACUUAUCUGAAAUUGUUUUCGUAUAUGCCAGAGAUUUGUAAUCCUUUCCUCGCAUUGAAUAGCAAUUUAAUCUGGUGGAAUUCAUAGGGGAUUAUCCUGGGCAUAGCAUUUAAUUAAUAUCGAACAGGGCACGCUAAUUCGCUUAUAACCCCUUUUUGAUGGCUGUAGGUAUACAGCAUACCCAUUCCUAGUUAACGAGGGGAACAGGAUGAACAUUGUUAUACAAACCAAGACCCCCAUUACUAUAAAGGACUCAAGAUUCACAGUCACUUUGUACUUUGGUGGAGUCCAACAACACUUUUUGUAUCUAGGGCCUGCAUCAUACAUUAUGCAGAAAGCGCCAAAAACAGUGAAUCAUGAGUGAAUGGCACUUCCAAGUUAAUGCAUAAAACUUUCACAUUGCCCCCAUUGGUAGAUGCCUGGGCUCAAACCAUGGGAACAGGUGGCAUGCCCCUACAGCAAACAAUGAUAUCCACACAGGAAGCGUGACACGCUCAUACUUCAGUUUUUGGCAUUUUCUGAUAAUGUGUCAAAUAGCUAUAUUUAUCAAUAGAUCAGUGCAAAAUACCAUGGACUGAAGAAUAUGGAUUCAACUGCAGGUCAGAAUUAAGGUGCCUAGGCAAAGCUAUGUGAGGGAAGCUAGUUCAAUUCUUUAAUGUGCUCUCCUAAUGUAAAAAAAUACUCUGUACAUACUCAGCCAAUCAAUAUUGUGAGCAUGAAGCCAGAAAAGAAGAAGAAGAAAUAUUCAUGUUUUGGGGAAAAUAGUAACAGUCUUACUUCUGAUUUAAUAAUCUUGGAAAACCACCACUCUCUGAUUUCAUAUUCAGAAACAGAAAUGCACAUUUGAAUCUUUGCUUCACCCCUAAGCAUGCAUUAGAAGGGUGGUGAAAAUCCGCCUUGAGUACAGCAAGGAUAAUUGAUAAGGGUAAUUGGGGACCUGCUAUUUGGGACAAAGAGAGAUGACUUGAACAUGUACAUAAAAUCAGUAUUUCAAGCUGGCACAGACAUUGCUGUUAUGUAUGCUAGGGAUGAAAUGCUCUAAUUGUAUUUGUUAAUUGUGUAUGGCUCACCCAGCCCACCCAGGAUUUGGAAGCAGAAAAGUGACGGUGGGGGGGGGCAUGGAUUUGGAAGCAGGAAAUUUGCAGGAACGGGAUAAGGUUCCUCUCAUCUUGGAGACUGUGACCUGCAUGGCAGUAUUUAGGAGCAAAUGAAAUGAAAAGGGAAACACUAAGGUAAAAGCUACAUCUGAUGUCAUGUUAAGUCCGAAAAACAACAGCUUUCACAGAUUUGAUAUGUGUUUAAAGCAGGCAGGUGGGUUGACAAGAGUUACUUCUACCACUUAUCCAACGUCUUGGCACCAUCCAUCUUUCACUGCUGCUGUCUGCCCUGCCCCACACCUCUGCCAAGACCUUGGUGGAAUUUGAUUGGGAAGGGAUUCUGCUUACACACUUUGCUUCUUCCUGAACCCUCGGCUAAGACACACAAAUGGCCCCCGCUUCAGCUUCUCCACACAAUGGAACUUCCCACACUCUGCUAGGCAGUUGUCAUGUUUAAUUUGACUCCUUAGGUCAUUUUAAAUGUGAGCUUGAGUUCUGCUUCUAAUGUGAAUGUAAAACCUGCAUUGGCUGCAAUAUACAUUUUUUAUUUUUCUUCUGAAUUCUCUCUCGUAUUGAUAGCAUUCAUAUGUACCCCAAGAAGUGUGAGAGAGACCCAAACUGUCUUGAAUAAAAUAAAAUAAAAUCCUGGUAUUGGGAUUAGUAUAGUCCCCAAAACUGAAGGCCAUGCCUUGAUUUGAAGUCAAAUGUUGACACUAGAUAUUAAAGUCCAGUCAUUAUGGAUAGUUAUGCAGGGUUUAUUGGUAACAGUUGUAGCAAUGCCUAGUUGUGAGAAAUACAUUUAAAUACAUUUAAUUCCCCCCCCCCCAUGUAUUUGAUUUGCCAGAAGCGGCUUAGUCAUGGUGGCCACAUGACCCGGAAGCUGUACGCCGGCUCCCUCGGCCAGUAAAGUGAGAUGAGCGCCGCAACCUCAGAGUUGUCCGCGACUGGACCUAAUGGUCAGGGGUCCCUUUACCUUUAAUGUAAUUCUGUCUUAUCAUUUGCUGGUUUUUCUACCACUGUAGCUUCAACUAGCCUCCUGAACUAUCAAAAGAGCAAGGGGGAAUACUAUUGCCUCAGUAACCCUUUUGUAAUCAGUCUAUGUGUUUUCAUAAAUGUACUUGUGGUGACCUUCUUUGCCCUCUUUUAAUUCUUAUGCGUUUUCCUAAACCAAAAGUUAGGGAAAGGCAUAGAGUAAUACUUGCAAAUGGGAAAUGCUAAUUUAUUCAAUCUGAAUGUUCGCUAUCUGCUUAAGGGGAUAACUUGACUAAAACAAAUAUAUACCAGAUCAACAUAGCAAAUGUCAUUACAAAAAAACCAAGUAUUUCUAAAGGGUCUCCCCAUUAUCUCUAAUGGGCCCCAAAUAUAAUUUCUUUUUUAAAUUGAAUUUGUCAAGCAACAUCUUGAUUUCCGCCCCUCCCUUGCAAAUGAACAGAUCCACUUAACACAUCAAUUGGCCUGUGUGUAUAACAUGCAGAUUUGGGUUUCUUUUUGAGUCCAUUGUUGGUGACUCCGUUUCCGCAAAGGAAAUGAAUGCCUACCGACACACACCAAGCUAGAAAACUAAUUUGUACCUUUUUGAAUUUAUAAUCUUGCCUAUGCUUCUAUGGACACUUUGUAUGGGCUGCAGCUCAACUCCUUAAAAUCAGCAAAGAAUUUUUCCUUUCCCAUAUAGUAUUCUCUUUUAUUUGACUUUUAAAAUGCGUAUAAAUGCAAUAAUGCAGGUAGACUAGAAAUACUAGAUUGAAAAUUAAAGUAGUUUAGCUUGUCCCAUUGUGACCUACAGUGUUGUAUGUCACCCAACGCUGUAUCCUAGCAUUCUCGAGGCUUUCCUACGUAGCUGAAUCUAGUAUUAGCUUUGAAAAUCCAUUGUGUGAAUGGCGGGUGGGUUGAUUGUACGCUUUUACACAACGUAUGUUACUUGCGUCAGAAGCUAUAUGGCCACUCCAUAUACUAUGGAACUGUAAAUGAUUCCCAAUAUACCUGUAACUCUUAUCAAGAUUGUGUGAAAUAAACUAUAUAUAUGUAUAUUGUACACUUCUUAUAGCGACCAUCAUUUUGUGUGUUAUGCUUGAGUGUUGAGUCCUACUGUGUUUUAAUUCUGGGUACAUAUUUUAAGAUGACA